AUGAAGGUUGUCCACGUCUGCGCAGCUAGCGGAGGUUUUAGAGCCAGCCUCAACAAAGAUACCAAGAAGAGGCACCAGCAUCCACAUUUUAAGUUGCACUAUGGAGCGUGGCAGAAUCCAGAAGCAAUCAGUCAGAACUCUGAGCGAUGUCCUGAGGAAAAACAAAGCCAGAGCGCCACCUACCGCUGCCGUUUAAGAGGACGGAGGCGCUGGAUGCCACCACCUCCUCCUUACCUUCCACUGCGCACUGAACCGAGACCAGCCGUGUUCGGUGCUGGAGAAGGAGCGAAGGAGCUCCGAUUGCGGUGGCUCCCGGCGACGCCCCUUCUGCCGCCGCUGCCUGAUGCGCUUUCGUUCCGCCCGCAGAGCACGGACUGGUCCGAGCCCUGGCUGCUGGGGCUGGCCGCCUUCCACCUCCUCUGCUUCCUCCUGACGUGCGCGUCCCUGCAGCACCGCCGGGUGCAAGUCGGGCACUUCCUCUGCAUGGUGGGCUUAGUGUACUGUGCUGAAUAUAUCAAUGAAUUAGCAGCCAUGAAUUGGAGGUUGUUUUCUAAAUACCAAUACUUUGAUUCAAGAGGAAUGUUUAUUUCGCUUGUAUUUUCAGCACCACUGCUGGUGAAUACUAUUAUAAUUGUGAUCAGCUGGGUUUACAGAACUUUGAAUGUAAUGACUGAACUAAAGAUGCUACAACAGAGAAGGAAAGCAGAAAAAGAGAAAAAGAAGUGAAAGCACCUUACACUACUUUUUUCAAUCAUAAUAGUACUUGUCUGGGUAAUCAGUCCGUUUGUAUGGUUAUUCAGAAACAGAGAUACUUUUGUGUCUGAUGUCAAGAGGACUUUGUAACAUGUGCCUGUGGGCAAGAUGAAAGAAGGUAUCUACAGUACAUUUGAAUUGACUGUGAAAUUGAGAAACCAGUCUUAAGAGAUUUUGUGCCCUUCAUUGUAAGAUAGUUUUCCACCAUGACCUAGGCGACACGCAAUGGUCUAGUUAGUUUUGAUUUGUGUAUGUGAUUUUUAACUGUAUCUUACCUCUAUGUUUAUCAAAUAUCCAUUCUUCUACUGCUUAAGCCAGCUGGAGAAGUGUCGUGAAUUACAAUAAAUAAGAGAUUGUAUUCAGAAUAACUCAGGAAUCCAUGCUUCUGUGAAGCAUUUCACUUCUUUAUAAAUCAAGGUUCAUACUUUCUAUGUGUAUAUUGUGUGCCAGUGGCAUUUUAUAAAUAAAACUAUCCACUGUAUCUUAAA